AUGCCGUCUCGGUUGAACGCCGUCGCCCUGUGUCUGGCUGCCUCGCUUGCUGCCGUCUCUGGCCAGACAUUCCAGAGGCUCGGCACAUGCCCGACCCUCGGCUGCGUGCUUCCCCCAGACCAGCAGGACUUUCUUCCCGGCCAGCAGUUCGACAUCCGUUUCGAGGUCCAUGCCCCGACGAAUGGCUCCGAAGCCUUCAAUGGCGGCGUGCCCGACGACAAGUUCACGGCCACCAUCACCAAAGAAGGCCAGCCAGCCAAGAGCAUUGCCGAAUUCUUCAAGCUGAGCGAGCCCGCCCUUGAGAAGUGGACUUUCUCCUGGUUCGAGGAUCUCUUUGCCCAAGACGCAAAGAAUGCCUCCGUCGUCAAUGUCGCCUCCAAGAUCUACCGCCGCGUUGCCCUCUACGAGCCAGGCAACUACAAUGUCACCCUGACUUACUACUCCGGAAGGACAACCACAGCGCAGUGGGUAGUACGCCCCCUUGCCGCAAAGAAGAAGGCCAAGAAUGUCAUCUUCUUCAUUGGAGACGGCAUGACCACGAACAUGAUCACGGCGGCUCGCCUCCUCGCCCACAAGACGGUCAAUGGAAAGUACCAGACCCUUCUGGCGCUUGACAAAUUCCCCGUCUUGGGUCAUCAAAUGACGCACUCUAUCGACAGCUUUAUUACUGAUAGUGCCAAUUCGGCCUCUGCGCUCUAUUCUGGUCACAAGAGCACUGUCAAUGCCAUGGGCGUCUAUGCCGAUUCGUCCCCUGAUUUGUUCGAUGACCCCAAAGUUGAGACGAUCGUGGAGCUUCUUACUCGAAUCUGGGGAUCUGCAUGGGGCGCUGUCUCGACCGCCUUCAUUGCCGACGCCACUCCAAUUGCCCUGACAGCUCACACUCGUUCUCGCUAUCAGUAUGGCUCGCUCAUUGACCAGGCCCUUUACGGCGUGACCAACUACUCCUGGACCAAGAUGAACGGCCCCGAUGCUUAUUUUGGAGGAGGUGCUGAGCAGUUUCUGGCUGGAUCUGGCUCAUAUCUUGGGAAAGAUUACUAUGCUGAGUUCGCCAAGAAGAAUUACAGCAUCAGCUUGAACAAGACGUCUCUCCUUGCCGCGCCAAACAAUACGAAGGCGCUUGGCAUCUUCUGCAAGAGCAACCUGCCGGUCUGGCUAGACCGAAACAUCUUCCCAGAAAACAUAAAGAAGCUGACCAAUGACCCAUCCGGGGCGAAGGCCGCCGCGACGGACCUUCCGGGUCUCAAGGAGAUGACCCUCAAGGCCAUAGACGUUCUGCACGAGCGAGGUGGCAAAAAGGGCUUCUUUCUCAUGUCAGAGGCUGCGUCGGUCGACAAGCAAAUGCAUGUUUUGGACUAUGACCGAGCACUUGGCGAUCUUCUCGAGCUUGACGACACAGUCCAAGCUACGAUUAAGAAGCUCAAGGCUCUUGGAAUCCUUGAAGAGACACUCAUUGUUGUAUCUGCCGAUCACGGCCACGGUUUUGACGUUUUUGGCAACGCGGACACCAAGUACCUGGCGGCACAGCAGGACGACCGUCAAAAGCGGAAUGCUGUUGGGGUCUAUCAGAACUCGGGUCUCUCGCAGUACACGGUGGAGAAGCCCGGAGUCAGCUACGGGACAGGGGCCAACUUCCCAGUCAACUGGGACCCGCGCUAUGUCAUUGCGGCGGGUCUCGGGGCAAAUCCCGACCAUCGGGAGGCAUACGGCGUGGCCAAGAAUGGCUCGCGAGUGCCGGCGGCGGCGAUUUCGGGGGGCGCCUCGAGUGACUACUACGUCAACCCGACGGACAAGCCCAACGGCUUCAUUGUGAACGGCACGCUGCCGACCAACGAGGCGCAGGGCGUGCACUCGCUCACGGAUGUGCCUGUAUUUGCUCGGGGCCCGUGCCAGGACACGUUUGGCGGCGUCUACAGCAACAUCGACGUCUUUUACAAGAUCGCCAACUGCCUGGGUCUUGCUCAGCCAACGAAUAAGACGGCCAGCGCCUAG